UUUUCCUGGAUAACAGUGUACCAUCUGAUUAGCAAAUACAUGUUCCCGCACUUACGCAUCCCAGGAAUGAAAAUGCCUACACAUAGAAGAUUUACGGGCAACGGGGCGGAGCUACGGGACUCGACGGCAUGUCCAGUCGUCGUGCGUCCACAGCAUGAUCCCAAUUGCUUCGAACUUCGGAGUGAUAAAUUAUCAAGUCUUCUCACCAACAGCGAUAUUGCAGACCUCCCUGUGGUAGUCUUGUCAGUCGCAGGGGGCUUCCGACUCGGAAAGUCCUUUCUUCUCGGAUUCUGUAUCAGGUUCCUGGAACACCUAGGGAUGUCGUCAGACCCAUCAGAUUGGAUGGACGAGGAGAAUAUACCAUUGACGGGCUUUUUUUGGAGGUACGGCAGCGAAAGAGAGACCACUGGUAUUCAGAUUUGGGGAAAAGUGUUCAAGGUGAAGACGCGAAAAUACGGGCUCGUGGCAGUCGUUCUGAUGGACACCGAAGGCUCAUUCGACAGCAGGUCCACGAUGGAAGGAAAUGUCACAAUUUUCGCAAUGAGCAUGCUACUGAGUUCUAUCCAAGUGUACAACAUGACCAAACAAAUAACUCAAUGCAAUCUGGAACACCUGGAGCUAUUUGCGGAGUAUGCCAGUAUGGCUAAAAGUGCUUGCGGCAAGAACAAAGAAGUGUUUCAGAAGCUCCUGUUCCUCAUUCGUGACUGGCAGUAUCCAGGAGAGAAGCCAUUUGGACUGGAAGGAGGACGAGCGUUGCUUCACCCUUUUCUUCAAAGGGAUCCCACACUUCCACGUGAAGUAUCCGAGCUGCGUGAAAAAAUCAGAACCAGCUACAGCGAGAUGGCAUGUUUCCUCAUGCCCAGACCUGGUGACGCGGUGGAGAACAAGAGUUUCGACGGAAGGCUUCAUGAUAUAUCUCAAGAUUUUAAGUAUCACCUGAAGAAGCUUGUGCAUUAUCUUCUUUCGCCCGAAAGGCUUGUUCCAAAAAAUAUCAAUGGAAGAAUUGUCACCUGCAAGGAGCUCGUGUGCAUGUUUCAGACUUAUUUCAACGUCUUCAAACGAAAAAAACUCCCGGCACCCAUGACAGUCUUCAACGCAACUGCAUUAGUAAACAAUAAGCGGGUCAUCGAAGAAAUCGUCAAUUACUAUGACACCGAGAUGGAAAAGAUUGCCUGGAUGGAUGAAUUUCCCGAAUGUGACACUGACAUUGAAACUGAACAUGAUACACUGAUGAUGGAGUGCUUGUCACUGUUCGAGAACGAACCCAAGCUGGGAAGUCACGACACAGAGCUUCGGGAACAUCUCGUGAAGGUUCUCACUGCUCGCUACGACAGGCGCCAACGUAUUCGCAAACAGUUGAGGGAGCGUAACGACGAGAUGGUGCCCAUUCGGAUAGAUAGAGAACAGGCUCGGCGUUGUUAUGAAGAAACCAAAAGGGCGAUUGAAGAGGAGUAUGCGAGACGUAGAGAAGAGAUGGAAGAAAGACACCGCAGAGAUGUGGAACAGAUCCAGCGAUCACGACGCGAUCCCACUUGCGUUAUCCUUUGACAGUUUGAGGCGAGCACGCUCUGCUCUCUGUGAACUAUUCAAUCAGGAAAUACUCAGGCAGCACUGUUAUGUUGGUAUUGGUUGUGCGACUGCUUGGUCUUGCCCCUGUUGCACUGGGAUAGUUCGUAUGGCGAUAUUGAUCCAGUUUGGCUACUGCAGCCCGGCUCAGUUUGGAUCAGUAUCGCAUGCCGUCACUGAACUCUGCCAUUGCCAAGAUGGUUACGAUCACGCAAAUCUUUACCAUAAUUUCGUUAACUUUUACCUGCAACGUACCCAGUGUCAGCCAUGGGUGUUCUAGCCCACGCACGAGAAUCACUUUAAACUUUGUACAAAAACAUUGCUGGGUUACUAGACGCCCGAUGAGUUACUAGACUUCGUAAUGCAGCCUUUAGGUUUGUGUUUUUAAUUCUCAGUGAAUAUUUUUUUUGUUAAGGUAUGUUCUUUACAUUAUCUACUAUUGUGUGGAAGAGCCUGCUCGUUCCCUACUUCACCUCCGGUGCUUAAUAUUGUCUAUGUUUAUGACUGCCGGUGAAAAUACAUCUUGAAAUUAAAAAAAAGAAAAAAAGA